CCGACACUGUAAACCCGCUACUGCCUGAGGUACACAUGACCAAAACAACAACAGCGAAAGCCACGAUCAAAAUGCUGAAGCAAUCAUUCGCAACUUUCGGAGUUCCGGAAGUAAUCGUUUCGGACAACGGCACCCAGUUUUCAAGCCACGAAUUCCUGACGUUCUGCACUAGUGAAGGUAUUCGACACAUUCGAAUUGCUCCAUACCAUCCACAAUCUAACGGUCUUGCUGAAAGAUUUGUGGACACGUUGAAAAGAAGCCUUCGAAAAAUUCGUUCGGGGGGAGAGACGCUCGAACAAGCUGUAGUCACUUUCUUACAAGUGUACCGCUCCACUCCUUCCAGUGAACUGGGCGGAAAAUCCCCGGCUGAAUUGAUGUUCAACAGACCUCUUCGUACUGUUUCGGCAUUGCUACGGCCAACCACAAGUGAAGAUGGUCACACAGUGCGAAGAGAUAGAAAAUUGCAGAACGAUGCGUUCAACCUCAAGCACGGGGCUGUCAAGAGAAGUUUUCAGCACGGAGAAUCGGUUUACGUAAAGGUUCAUCAAGCAAAUUCUUGGCAAUGGAAACCUGGCACCAUAAUUGAAAAGAUCGGUUCUGUCAACUACAACAUAUUUCUUGAGGAUCAACAACGACUGAUAAGAUCGCAUGCCAAUAAGCUCAAGUCGCGCUUCGCAGAAACCAGCCAACAUACAGAUCAGUCUACUCCACUAUCUAUCUUUUUCGACAAUUUCGGCCUACAAUUUCCAGCUGAAGUACCUUCAACCGAAAUUUAUGCAGAUGUUCAUUCACAGGAUGAAGAAGCAGUAGCCGUCAGCCAGAGCAACUCCUUCUUAACAGAAGAAAUUUCAGAAGAUGAACACGAAAACAGCGACGGUUCAAUGGUCGAACCAGUAGACGACGAACCAACUCCUGUUCCAGGACUAAGCGAACAGGCAACAUCCACAAUGAACAGACCGCGACGAACAAUCCAACUUCCUGCUCGAUUCAAGCCCUAUUGGAUGUUCAAACCCUAAGGGGGCAAAUGUUGGAUCCCAGUUACCACAGGGAUAAUGGAUAACACAUAGCAACACAUAGCAAUCAUGCGGUAUAUACAGGGUUUUCGAGGAUUAUAUAGACAUGUUCAGCGAGUUGUAGAUUCGUUCAAGCAUAUACAGUCAACUCUCUCUUAUUUGAGAGGCGAUGGGACUGUCGAAUAAGAGGGGUUUUCAAAUUACAGAGGUUGAAAGUGAAUGAAAGGUCCAUACAAACUAGAAAGAAACAAAACAUUUAGUAUGCAGCCUUAACCGUUACUAUGGGAAACUGCGAACAUAAUCGCCAAUUUGAGCAUACAUCAUUCAAUAACCAUGGCAACACCAUACACAAAUAAGAGGGAUACAGAUUUCAGAGGUUUUCCAAAUUAGAGGGAUAAAAAUGUACUGGAAAUCAAGGGACUGUGAAAAAUGUUCAAAUAAGAGAGGUUUCUCAAAUUAGAGAGGUGUCAAAUAAGAGAGGGUUCACUGUAAUAGACUCUUUCAGCGAGAUAUAGAAUUGUUCGGAAGUAGGCGUUGACAUGUUCGGUUAUACUGUAGAGCUGUCACUUUCGUACCCCUUGGACUGCAACUUGCAUCAUUCUCAUCAGGAGGUAAACAAACAGUUUUCGAAAAAAUAAGCUUUUUUCAACUAAUUUAUGUAUUAAACAGCUUGGUGAAUGAUUAUUAGCUACUUUUAUGGUAUUUAAGAAUGAAGAAUUGAACCCUUCGGCACAGUGUGUAAACAAAACAAAUGACAGCUCUACAGAAUCGCUGAACAUGUCUAAGCCUACUUCCGAACAAUUAUAUAUCUCGCUGAAAGAGUCUAUUAUAUGCCUGAACGAAUCUACAACUCGCUGAACAUGUCUAUACAAUCCUCGAAAACCCAGUAAGCAGCUCGAUAGCUCAUCACCGACUCACUCUUAAGUUGACUUCCAAAUACAUAUCUUAAAACUAGAACCUGUGUGCAAUAGUCCGAGUAGUUCGAACAUAUCACUAGUAUAUACAUAUUCUAAGGUGUAAAGGAGCGUCACGCUUCAGCCGUUACAUAGUGCAAAAAUUUAUCAAUUGCAUAAAAACGCGCUACGAAAGCGUGGUUGCUAUUGACUAAAUCUCCAAAGUUAACAUCCCUCUUCUUUUCUCCGUUGCUAUUAUUAUUAUUUAUUUAAUUCAACGAGCACAGUGACCCAAUUGAAGAUGAAAUAGAAAGCGUUUACAAUUAUUAUUACAAUUUACAGGGUUUACAAAUUAAAUGCGCAACACUACAUAGGUUACGGCAGGAGUCGAAGUCUAUCUUUGAACUGCGCUGAAGAUAUCCCAAAGUCAAAUGCAUCGGAGCUAGCAUUGAACUCUGCAGACAUACGAAUCAUAGGGUCUAACCGAUCAGCACUGUAUCGAAGCUGAGGUAUCCGCAGAAUAUUACUAGUCCUAAGCGGGCGAGAGGGUUGCAAAAAAGUUAAUGCAGGACAACAAAGACGGUGAGUCGAUGGUACCAUUGAGAAGACCACCGAUGAAAAGGCACUGUGCGUUGUGUCUCCUUACGGCAAGAGGUUCAAGGCCUAGAAGACGGCAUCCUGCAGUAUACGAUGGAAGAUUAGAAUAGUCGCGCCAGGGAAGAAAGCGUAGAGCAUAGCGAGUAAAUUUGCGCUGAAUAGCUUCAAUCCGAUCAAUAGUAGAAGUAGUUGCAGGGCUCCAGAGCACGCUCGCAUAUUCUAGCACCGGACGAACGAUGCUGCAGUAAACGGCUUUGUUGCAUACCGGAUCGCGAAGUUCUUUGGUUGUCCUCUAGCACCAAAAGGACACCAAACAGUUUGUUUCUUCUAGCAACGACAUCUAGCAUAACACCAAGAUCCUUCACACAUGCUUCCCUUUUGACAGCAGUAUUCUCUAUGUAGUAAUUUGCUGAAAUCGGGUUCCUCCCUCGGGAGAAAGAAACACAGCUGCAUUUUUGGAUACACGUCAGGCCAUUGCGUUUGCACCAGGAACAGAACAGAUCCAGGCAUUCUUGAAGAAAACCAUAAUCUGAUGGCUGGCGAACGGGACCAAAAGUUUUGGCAUCGUCUGUGUACAUGAUGAUUCUGCCAGGAGAUAACAGGUUGGCUGAUAAGUCCCCGGUCUGACACAUAGAUGGCGUCGCUAGUAUUAAGGCCGGGCUACAUUGAUCGUACUCGCAAGUGUAAUUUCGAUUUUCACUAGCGCAUCUGGCGGCGGCUGACCGAAGCAUUUUACCAAACAAUUUGGGGAUGCUCCAGAAAAUACGUAAUUUUGCUAUGUUUUUUACUUUAACUGGACUGGAAAAGCUUUGUAAUUGAUACAUAAAUAUGUUGUGCAAGUAUUUCAGCCGUUUUCGCAUCGAAAAACGGUGAAAAAACAUCUUAAAUUUGAGAUCCGGUACGACCAUUCCCCCGACGACCAAAAAAAGCUUGCACCAGCUGCCGCCAGAUGCGCUAGUGAAAAUCAAAAUUACGCUUGCGAGUACGAUCAAUGUAGCCCGGCCUUUAAAUGCAUAUUAUUUUUAUAUAGUACCAACCUUCAAAUGAUUCGUGUCAAAAUUUGACGUCUGUAUGUCAAUUAGUUUGUGAGCCAGAGCGUCUUUUGUCAAGCAACUUUUGUUAUUUUGUUGUUCCACCAAGACAACGCACCGUGCCACAAGUCAUUGAGAACGAUGGCAAAAAUUCAUGAAUUGGGCUUCGAAUUGCUUCCCCACCCACCGUAUUCUCUAGAUCUGGCCCCCCGGCGACUUUUUCUUGUUCUCAGACCUUAAAAGGAUGCUCGCAGGGAAAAAAAUUUGGCUGCAAUGAAGAGGUGGUCACCGAAACUGAGGCCUAUUUUGAGGCAAAACCGAAGGAGUACUACCAAAAUGGUAUCAAAAAAUAGGAAGGUCGUUAUAAUCGUUGUAUCGCUCUUGAAGGGAACUAUGUUAAAUAAUAAAAACGAGUUUUGACCAAAAAUGUGUUUUUCUUUGUUAGACCGGGGACUUAUCAGCCAACCUGUUAGUGCGAAAGUGACAUCAUUCAUAAAGAUGAUGAAGAGAAGCGGACCAAUGUUGCAUCCCUGAGGCACACCCGACUCGCUUGUAAUCUCAUUACUUGUACUCAUAAAUUUUGACGGUAUACUAACGAUCUAUGAGAUAUGAUUUCAGCCACUACAGGAGCAAAGUUGGAAGUACCAAUUUAGCGAGUUUAGCGAGCAAAAUGGAGUCCGGUAAAGAGUCAAAUGCAUAAGCGUAUAAAUUGCGUUAACUUGAACGCAACUGUUGAUCGUACGAGUGCAAUAAUUUAAAAAAAAUCCACAAGAUUUGUGGCAGUAGAUUUUUUUUUGCAACAAAUCUAUGCUGGGACGGGCUUAGCUAGCUAGAACAAGCGGCAAGCAGUGGAUUGUAAAGUGCUAGUUCGAAGACCUUCGCGAUUGCGCAAAUAGAAGUAAUGCCUGUAUAGUUGGAAGUAUCUAAUCUAUCGCUUUUUUUUUAAACUCGAAACAACCAGGAUUUUUUCUAGAAGAUACCGAUAGCGAGCACCUUGUUGAAUAUUUUGGCAAGAAUAGAUGCCACUGCCGAUUGUCAUCUCUUCAUAAUGGUUGGCGAUAUACUAUCGGGUCCAGGAGCGAAUGAUGGUUUAAGUCGGCCCAGCGCUGCGGUUACAGUUUCGUUGUAAAUAUACGGAAUGCUCAUGUCGAGUAUGCCAGCAGAUAUUAAUAAGCGCCAAGCUGACGAGAGAGGCAUCAAUGACUGCAGGUGAAUAGCAGUCCGCAAAACGUUGCGCGAAGAGAUUGCACAUAUCUGUGGCAAGGUUAUUAGACUCUAUACAGGUUACGACAAAAGCCCGUUUUGGCCGAUUUCAAAUAAAAAAAUUAAUGAAAAUUUUGACAGACAAAUUGGAAUGGUUUGUUUACAAUUCGACUGGUUUGUUUACAAUUUGUCUGGAUUGCAAUCGUGCAAUGGUAUAGUGUUUGGUGUUAAAUAUUGUAAGUUUUACUUUAUUUAAUUAUUUUGUAAUUUUAUAAUUACUAAUUUUGUGAUAAAUUAACAGUUGUGAUAAGGGAGAAAUCGAGUAAGUGAGAAUCCAAGACAUGAGCUCAUCGCGUGUUGGCCAACAUUGGAACCUGGCAGGCACGGAAACAUGGAGACAUGUCCUUCCAUUUGGCACAGGUGCUCUCGGGGCAUGGCUUUUUCUGGGAGUACUUAUGUAUCAAGGGUUUCACGUCGUCCUCGGACUGCCAGUGGUGUGUCGGUGUACCAGAGGAUGCAGAACAUGUGAUGUUCGAGUGUCCCCGUUUUGCUAGUGUCCGACAGGAGCUGCUUGGCGAGGGUGGCUCAGAUCCGGUUCGGCCAGAUAACCUUCAGCAGCAUAUGUUGCGAGACCAAGCCACCUGGAGUCGUAUCUGUGAAGCCGCUCGACAAAUAACUGUGGAAUUGCAGCGUUCCUGGGAUGCGGAAAGGGCCAAUCGCGCAGCUGAGGACAUGGCUUAGCGCGAGGCCGAGCUGGAGGAAAUUACGGCACAUAGAGCGGAGGUGGUUGCCGCUCGUAAUUAUCGACGUUAUGCGAGACGUAGAGAGCAGCGUACGCGGGAAAGAGAGGAACUCCGGGGCGGACGGUCCUCUUCCCCUCCACCGUCACCAUCUACCGCUUCCCGACGUGAGGCGAAUCAGGUUGACCUGCACGACUCCGGGAUGCUUCGGAUUGCUCCGACCCGGUGAGUUCCAGUUGUCCCGCCUUUCACUAGUGUGUGUAUGGAAGAACGUGCG